ACUGACACAGGAUGCCAUUCCCCACUCGGCCGGAGGACGGGACACGGUGAGGAGUUGCUGUGUCGCUCAUUUCUACCCCCUUCUUUUCCUGUCGUCACCCCCAUUGUCCUUGUUGCUUAGUUGCCUUUUUUAUCAGUUCGUCUACACGGUUAGUUAGUCCCAGUCAUGUAUCGGUAUUUCGGGGAGCUGCUGAGCCGCUCUGCGGGUAGUGCCCUGGCCUCGGGGUGCGUGGACUCCGCUCUCCCGGUGUCCUCGUCCCUGAUGCGGGUCCGUCGUUAUGCCGACGCGGCGGACAAGCCCGACGACCCCAACUUCUUCCGCAUGGUCGAGGGCUUCUUCGACCGCGGCGCCGCCAUCGUGGAGGACAAGCUGGUGGAGGACCUGAAGACCCGGGAGAGCCCCGAGCAGAAGAGGAACCGUGUGCGGGGCAUCCUGCGCAUCAUCAAGCCCUGCAACCACGUCCUGAGCGUGUCUUUCCCCAUCAAGAGGGAUAACGGAGAGUGGGAGGUGGUGGAGGGGUACCGCGCCCAGCACAGCCAGCACAGAACACCCUGCAAAGGGGAUGUGCCAUUUGGGGGAGCCAAAGCUGGAGUCAAGAUCAACCCCAGGAAUUACUCUGAUAAUGAGCUGGAGAAGAUUACCAGGAGAUUCACUAUUGAGCUGGCCAAGAAGGGUUUUAUUGGACCUGGCAUCGAUGUCCCGGCCCCAGAUAUGAGCACAGGAGAGAGGGAAAUGUCCUGGAUUGCUGACACAUAUGCCAACACCAUCGCACACACCGACAUCAACGCCCAUGCUUGUGUGACGGGAAAGCCCAUCAGCCAGGGAGGAAUCCAUGGACGUAUCUCUGCCACAGGUCGUGGAGUUUUCCACGGCAUCGAGAACUUCAUUAACGAGGCGUCUUACAUGAGCAUGCUGGGCCUGACACCAGGCUUCCAGGACAAGACCUUCGUCAUCCAGGGCUUUGGUAAUGUGGGUCUCCACUCCAUGAGGUACCUGCACAGGUUUGGGGCCAAGUGCGUGGGCAUUGGUGAGAUUGACGGAGCCAUCUACAACCCAGAGGGCAUCGACCCCAAACAGCUGGAGGACUACAAACUGCAACACGGCACCAUCGUGGGCUUCCCAGGAGCCAAACCCUACGAAGGGAACAUUUUGGAAGCCGACUGCCACAUCCUGAUCCCUGCUGCUGGAGAAAAGCAGCUCACACGUGUCAAUGCCCCCAGGAUCAAGGCCAAGAUCAUUGCUGAGGGUGCCAAUGGUCCCACCACACCAGAUGCUGACAAGGUCUUCCUGGAGAACAACGUCAUGGUUAUUCCUUGUCUGUGCAGGAAAGCUUAGAGAGGAAGUUUGGCAAGCAGGGAGGACCCAUCCCCGUCGUUCCUACUGCUGACUUCCAGGCCAGAGUUGCUGGUGCCUCUGAGAAGGAUAUUGUCCACUCUGGGUUGGCCUACACCAUGGAGAGAUCUGCCCGGCAAAUCAUGCGCACAGCAAGCAAGUACAACCUGGGUCUGGACCUCCGGACAGCCGCCUAUGUCAACGCCAUCGAGAAGGUCUUCAAAGUCUACAAUGAGGCUGGUCUUACCUUCACAUAAAUGGCCAAUCACGACCCACACUUCCUCUCCCUCCCCUAACCUUCCUGCUGUUGAUCACCCUCUCCUGCCUUCUUCCACCCUCUAAACAGCCUUCAGAACAUAUCACUGUUUACCGCUGCUCUUUGCCUCUUUUACACACGCACACAUACAGCGAGACAUUGGCUAGCCUGGUAUUUAUCCUGUGAUCUUUGUGCUGCCAUUAUACUGUGUUUGCUUCUCUGUUUAAAUAUUGCCCUCUUCUUGUUUUUGCCUGGGGUUAUAUUGAGAAAAAGCAGACUGAGAGUAACAUCCUGACAGAAUUAAAAAGACCAUGUCCCUCCUGCAGCCCUCAUAUAAACGUUCAUGAUAAUUGUUGUAGGCAGCCCACAUGUUAAAAGCGCCAUUUAUUUGUGAUCG